UAUGAGUCUUGUUUCCUGUUCUGUUGUAGAAAGCAGUGAUGAGUGUGUGAGAGCAGCUACAUUCUUCCUCUGCAACGACAGAAAAACUUGUGAGUGUAGAGUGUAGUGUCUGCGGGUCGACCACUGAGAAGAUGACAACGACAGACUACUAUGAUGAUUAUAACAAUACAUCGUACUCAGACGAGGACCUAAGUAAGUAUGCCCCAUGCGACGUGGGCGAGACCUGGAAGUUCAUCCGCAGUUUCGCGCCUGUGGCGUACAGCCUGGUGUUUGUGCUGGCAGUGGUGGGCAACGUCCUGGUGCUGUGCGUGGUGCGUCGCUACCGGCAGGCCCAGCGCGGGCCCUGCUCCUUCUCGCUGACCGACACCUUCCUGCUGCACCUGGCCGUGUCCGACCUCCUGCUGGCCUUCUCGCUGCCCUUCUUCUCCGUGCAGUCGGCCGACUCGUGGAUCUUCGGCACGGUGCCCUGCAAGAUGGUGGGCGCCAUGUUCUCGCUCAACAUCUACUGCGGCGUGCUCUUCCUGGCGUGCAUCAGCUUCGACCGCUACCUGGCCAUCGUGCACGCGGUCAGCGCCGGCUGGCGGCGCAACGGCUGCCACGCGCAGGUGGCCUGCGCCAUCAUCUGGGCGGCGUGUCUCGGACUGGCCGCCGUGGACGUACAGUUCCGCCAGGUGCUCCCCGUGGCCAACGUGCAAGUGUGCAAGAUGCAGUUCGCCCACGAGUCGUCCAAGCAGAUCCAGGUGGGCCUCCAGCUGAUGAACCUCGUGCUGGCGUUCGCGCUGCCCCUGCUGGUCAUGCUCUACUGCUACGUGCGCAUCUUCCGCGCCCUCUGCCACGCCUCUCGCCGGCAGAAGCGCAAGUCGCUGAGGCUGAUCGUCUCGCUGGUGGUGGUGUUCGUCGUCUCCUGGGCGCCCUACAACGGCCUGCGGCUCAUCGACAGCCUGAUCAUGCUGGACGUCGUGGCGAAGGACUGCGACGUGAUGCACGCCAUCGACAUGGGCACGGUGGUGGCCGAGAGCAUGGGGCUGGCGCACUGCGCCCUCAAUCCACUCCUCUACGGCUUCGUGGGCAUCAAGUUCCGCCGCGAGCUGGCCCAGAUGUUCAAGGCGGCCAUGGGCCCCCGUGGUGGCUGCCAGGAGCUUGGCAGCUGGUGGCGAGGGUCCAGGCGUCGCACGGCCGGCUCCUUCAGCUCUGUCGAGAGUGAGAACACGUCCUAUUUCUCGGUCGUGGUCUGAACUUGGACACCAAGGGAUCAAAAGCAACAAGAGAGAAGGUGGUGAGAAAAAAAGAUGUGUGUGAGAGGUGAUGAAAGAGAAGUGGGAUGAAGUGUGAGACGUAAGAAAGAAAAUUAAAUGUUUUGCGUGCGAUCUGUUGUAUUCUACAUAUGAGAGUGGAAAAUGACAGAGCAUCCACAAAGGACCAUUUCUGUAAAUAAAUAAGAGGAAGGAACAUAGUGUCCGAUGUUCACAAAUGGAAUGGGCAAAUUCCAAUGUAUAUUUUUAUAGAUGUGAAUUUGCUCAUUUAAAAAUGAUGUAUCUUCCUUUAUGUCUGUUGUGUGUCCAGAAUUCUGCUCAUUUGUGAGAUAUAUGCAGAAAAACAAGACAUGAAAACCUGACCAGACUUGUCACAUUUUAAACAGAUUUUAUCAUCAGUAUCAUAGUGGCUUCCCACAGACUUAGUCACACUUAUGCUUCUCCUAUUUUGCUUUCAGCCAGACAGAAUAAACAUGUGUUUCACGUGCCCGUAACUUUGCAUUUCAUUAGAUUUCAUGGCCAAGUUGCUCUGUUAUAUUCUCAUAAUAGCACCUGUUAACUGUCCCUGCACUGCUGUUAUAAUCUCAUCAUAGCACCAUCCAUAACACCUCUGCUACAGGAAGAUUAUCACAUUCAUGCGACCAACAUAACACCUAUAGGCUUGCACCUAACCACAUAAGGUUUUGGUGUUACACAAAAAUAAUUGUCUUAGCCUUGUCAAAGCCCCUUGAAACCUAUCAGUGGUGAUGAGAUGGAAGCUCUUACCUACGUUAUAUUCUGUUCAACAUGUGGUGUUCCCUAUUCAGCCGAGCUCAGUAUUGCAGAGCAACAGUAUUGCAGUAUGUAGCAGUAUGGCAUGUCUUAUACCUCAUCCUCCUUGAAUCUUGAAGAUUAGAGGUGAUAUUACAGAGCAUUAGGACGUCUUCCACAGGACACUGUCCAUUUGGCAAGUGUGUGCUGUACGUCUUCCACAGGACACUGUCCAUUUGGCAAGUGUGUGCUGUACGUCUUCCACAGGACACUGUCCAUUUGGCAAGUGUGUGCUGUAUGUCUUCCACAGGACACUGUCCAUUUGUCAAGUGUGUGCUGUAUGUCAAAACUUAGUUAAGCAUGUAAAUAGUCUAAUUUGUAGAUACACUGUGUCUCAAAAGCAUGGCGCUGGAGGAAUGCGGGGAGGUUUGGAGGAGGAAGGCUUUGGUAAAAUGUGAACCAUGGUGCAGUGAAAGUGAUACAUUUCAGCUGAUUUUUCUCAAAACGGUUUCAAAUUUGUCAUUUGUAUUUUUCUUUACAUUAAAUGUUUUUUACUCUUUA